UUAUUGAUCAGUGAUAAGAAACAGCUGCUGUGACGUCUGUGGCCACGAUGUGACUGAAGCCUGUGCACGUGUCCUGGACGUGAAACUCUGCGUCACUCAGGUGGAGGCACAUCCGGUCGUCGAUGGCGGAGUCUCGGGUCAUUGUGGAGGAGCUGCUGGCUCUGUGUCUCCAGAGGAUCACUAUGGAGGAAAACAGCAUGCGCACUGAGCAGGAGACAAUCGAGCUGGUGAAAAACUUCGAGGAGGUCAGAAAGAAGUGGCUGCACGCCGAGCUGGAGCUGAAGAAGUACAAAGAGCUGCUGGUGAAGUCGGACGUGGCCAAAGCCGCUCUGGAAGUGAAGCUGAAACACGCUCGCAAUCAGCUGGACGUUGAGAUGAAGAAACGCUACAAGGUGGAGGCCGACUACCAAUACCUGCAGAGGCAGAUGCAGCUAAUGUGCGACAUCCUCGUCCACGACACGAAAUCCAGCGCCUGUCUGAACGAUGAGCAGAAGUCUCUCUUGGCCACGUUUGAGCACAAAGGGGGGAACAUGACACUGCAGAGGAGCACCAGACGGUUGCCUGUGAUCGAUGAGUCGUCCUUCCUGUCUCACUCUGACAUCAGCUACGAUCGCACCGACGACGAUGUGGAUUUGGACACAACUGUGAUCCAACCGCUGAGGUCUCGAGCGAGAGAGAGGAGGCGUUCCUCGAUGGGUCUGCCUGUUGGUGCUACGGUCAGGAAACGAAGCAGAGGCAGGAACUUGUCAGCAGAGCUUCUGGAGAGGAAAACUGUGGAGAAGGAGGUGGAGACCGUUGUGAAGGCCUCCAUCAUUUCUAAUGACACUGGAGGCCAGGUCCACAUGGUGCUGGGAAUCACUCAGGAAACCUCCGAAAACUCUCCCCAGACUAUCACCCAGGAGUGUAGCGUCUCAGCAGGAGGCCAGACCUCGGUGUGGUUUCCCUGCAAUGACUCGGUCCCCGGUCCUGAGGGUGAAGCUCUGGUCGAGGAGAAAGUCGGGAACAUUGGCAGAGACCAGAAAGCCUCCAAACACACCUUUGUGUCAAAGACGGUGAUCCGGCCGGAGACCUGCACGCCGUGUGGGAAGAGGAUCCGCUUUGGUAAGAUGGUGGUGAAGUGCAGGAACUGUCGCGUGGUUGCUCAUCCGGAGUGUCGACAGAAGUUCGCUGAUGGCUGCACAGCCUUCAAUGCCACGGCAGGAAGUACAACUCAAACGGCAGCUAAGGUGCAGAGGCAGAUGCAGCUAAUGUGCGACAUCCUCGUCCACGACACGAAAUCCAGCGCCUGUCUGAACGAUGAGCAGAAGUCUCUCUUGGCCACGUUUGAGCACAAAGGGGGGAACAUGACACUGCAGAGGAGCACCAGACGGUUGCCUGUGAUCGAUGAGUCGUCCUUCCUGUCUCACUCUGACAUCAGCUACGAUCGCACCGACGACGAUGUGGAUUUGGACACAACUGUGAUCCAACCGCUGAGGUCUCGAGCGAGAGAGAGGAGGCGUUCCUCGAUGGGUCUGCCUGUUGGUGCUACGGUCAGGAAACGAAGCAGAGGCAGGAACUUGUCAGCAGAGCUUCUGGAGAGGAAAACUGUGGAGAAGGAGGUGGAGACCGUUGUGAAGGCCUCCAUCAUUUCUAAUGACACUGGAGGCCAGGUCCACAUGGUGCUGGGAAUCACUCAGGAAACCUCCGAAAACUCUCCCCAGACUAUCACCCAGGAGUGUAGCGUCUCAGCAGGAGGCCAGACCUCGGUGUGGUUUCCCUGCAAUGACUCGGUCCCCGGUCCUGAGGGUGAAGCUCUGGUCGAGGAGAAAGUCGGGAACAUUGGCAGAGACCAGAAAGCCUCCAAACACACCUUUGUGUCAAAGACGGUGAUCCGGCCGGAGACCUGCACGCCGUGUGGGAAGAGGAUCCGCUUUGGUAAGAUGGUGGUGAAGUGCAGGAACUGUCGCGUGGUUGCUCAUCCGGAGUGUCGACAGAAGUUCGCUGAUGGCUGCACAGCCUUCAAUGCCACGGCAGGAAGUACAACUCAAACGGCAGCUAAGGACUCGUUGGAGGACUUUGCUCCUCAGACUCAUCCCAGAGUGCCUCAGCUGAUUGUGGACUGCGUGGCCGAAAUCGAGAGGAGGGGCCUGCAGGAGAGAGGCCUGUACAGAGUUCCUGGAGGUGAGCGUCUGGUAAAGGAGCUCAGAGACUGCUUCCUUCAGGGGAAAUCUGCUCUGAUGCUCAGUAAAGUCCAAGAUGUCCAUGUGGUCUGCGGACUGCUGAAAGACUUCCUGAGGAAGCUGAAUGAACCUAUGAUCACCUUCAGACUGCACAGGACCUUUAUGGAGGCUUCAGAGCUGACUGAUGAAGACAACUGCUCAGCUACCAUGUAUCAGGCCAUAGCAGAGCUGCCAAAGGCCAACAGGGACACCCUUGCCUUCCUCAUGAUUCAUUUACACAAGGUGAUGAGGAGUCCUCAGUGCCAGAUGGACCAGAAUAACUUGUCCCGGGUGUUCGGCCCAACCAUUGUGGGUCACGGGAUGCCUGAGCCAUCACCCAGCACCAUCUUGAGAGACACCAACACUCAGCUGAAGGUUGUCUGCCGCCUGUUGUCCCUCCCUGAAGAUUACUGGAGGCGUAUCCUCAUUGGCCAAAUCCCCCCCUCUUCCUCCACCAGUAAGCUGGGCCAGAGGGAAGGGCAAGGUCGUUUCUUCCAGCCGCUGACAUCUCCAGAGUUAAACAGUUACCAAGCUACAGCAGGAAGAUCUGUGAGAGGGCGAGUCAGGAACCGGGCCAAUGCAGGUCGACCAGAGCCAGCGAGGAAAUUCUUCACGUCGCCCAGCUGACAGAUGUUGAACCUCUAACCUGUUUGAGCACACACUAAUGCUGGACCUUGGCCUGAUGAUCAUUUUUAUAGAUUUCAUGCUAACCACAUGAAGUUUGUUAUCGAGGCACUUUAAAAAAUUACAAGUUGGAAUAAAACGUGAUGUCCUAUUCUUUGCUGUGACUUUCAUUUCAUUUGAAACCGUUGAUCUCCUUCCUGUCGAGAUCAGCCCUUUUGGUUUUUUACUUCCUGGACACCUUUUUCUCCUUUCCUUCCUAGUCUCUGGGUUUCACAUGAAGUUCGUUGAUAAUGACCCAGUAAACAAAGGGUCUGUUCUGAACAGAGAUGGGCAGUAACGCGUUACUUGUGUGUGUGUAUAUAUAUAUAUAUUUUUUUCUUUGUUUCUGCAGGUGAUGCUGACCCUCAGCUGUGCAAGAACUGAUGUCUUCAAACAUUAAAGAAAAAUUGCAUUGACUGUCAAUCAUCUUGGUUUUAGAUGUUGCAGUGUGCCGCUAACUCUACGGACAGUGAACCAAGUCUUCUAAAUACAAUAAUGUUCACUGAAUAAAGGGUAUUAUGGCCUGUAAAUAAAUGCAGCAGGAUAACUGGGUGCCAAAAUUCUACUGCUAGUGAGCUGAAAAUACAUUCCUGUGUCUAAGCCGCUCCCCAAGUAACACAAAAACAUUGCUGGCAUGAGUAAACCCAUCAUAUGUUCCUACAUCAGGUUUCUUACAACUGUGUAUGGAACAGUAAGAAGAAAGUCGAGUUAGUUUUGGACUGUCACUUCAUCUUUGUUGGUGUAACCCUCUGAAUAAAAUGUUCAAAAAGCAAGUCUUGCAACUCCACAGCCAUCUGAAAUGCCUGGAAGGAUUUAAAAUGUUGGUUUUUGAAACAUAAUCUAAAUUAAGUUUAAGUGUUCAUUAAAACAUAAGAAUUGUACGUUCAGAAUCACAGGUCAUAUCUAUGGAGGCUUGUUUCCUGUACUGGGAAAAAACAAAAGUAUAAGUCAGAAAUGUUUUUUAAAAAUAGCUUUUAUGUUAUCUUAGAUUUUCAAUUUAUCCCAAUAUUUCAUUUUUAAGUCAAAGUUCCACAAUACUAACCUGAAAAUAUUGACUGUUUGAAAAAAGAAAAAGCAGGCAGUAUAUAAACAAUAUAAGAUUAGGUUGACAACCUGUUACACUCAUUUGCUCCUAACUGUUCAGUAGAUCGGUAAAACACUUCCAAGUUGCAAGCUAAAUGCAGGUUUUACCAGGUGUGGUUAAUCACUGUAAUUGCAACUGCACCAAUAUAAAGUGAACAGCAACCACACACCAGUUAAAGCACAAACCUGCAGCAGCACCUCCAUGUUUUUCAUCCCAACUUGCUGUAGAUGAGUCGUGCUGCUUUUUGAGUUAGACAUGGGGCUCAAGCUUGUUUUGAAGGUUUCCUGCAUUUGUUUCCUGCUUUUCAGCAGUGGAUCUUGUUUCUCUGUAACAAUGAAAGGGCAAACUAGUCAAGCUGUAACUGCCAGUGCUAUAAGUGCUGGCACUAACCCUGGACAUGAUGGCUCUACUGGCGGAGAGGCUGGUUCUGGCCCUGGAUCUAGUGGUUCUACUGGAGAAGAGGCUGGUUCUGGCUCUGGACCUAAUGGUUCUACUGGAGGAGAACUCGAUUCUGGCCCUGAACACAAUGGUUCUGCUGGAGGGGAAGUUAGCUGUUGCAGCUCUGCAGGAGGCUGGUCCUUUGGCUCUGGCAGCUCCAAUGGAGGUGGAGUUGAUUCUGGAUCUGCUGGCUCCACUGCCAGAGGGGUUGGCCCUGGCAGCUCUGCAGGAAGUUGGUCUUUUAGCCCUGGGAGCACCAGUGGAGGAGGGAUUAGCAGCUCUGCAGGACAUUGGUCUUUUAUUCCUGGGAGCUCCACUGGGGUAGCAGUUGGCCCAGGAGGCUGGUCCUUCAGCCUUGGGAGCUCCAGUGGAGGAUGGGUUGGCCCUAGAAGCUCUCCAGGAGGCUGGUCCUUUGCUCCUGUUGGCCCCAUUGGAGAGGUUCGCCCAACGUGGUCUAAUGGUUAUUCAUUCCUUGGUGGUGUUCCUUAUCAAAAUUAUCCUGUAUUAAGUUCUUCUUUCCUUACCACCCAUGGAACUGGAUGCCACCACGUCCCUUCCCUGACUUCAAUGCCUGGUCUACUUAUGAGGUGCCACUAGGUAUGGUUGCGCUGCUCCCUCAGGUACCUUCAUUGCCUUCGUCGCAUCUUGUCCAGACUGGAACUGGCUACCAGCGAGGAAGAGAAGUACUUUCUCACUCCAAAUAUUCUAAUAAUAUCUUGGGCCACCAUCCUCUGAGUCCUGUACUGCCACAGUACCCAAGACGUGCGAGUGGAUUUCAAGGGAUAAAAGUCUAAUGAGGUGAAACUGAAGAGCAUGUAUCUGCUUUCAAGAAGCCUUUUGGAUAUGGAAUAAAGACUUUAAUAAAGCUGAGUGUUCUGUGCAUUUGAUUGUAAUUCGAUGUUUAAAUGAUUUGUUUCACUUCUAUCAAGUAACUGAUCCCAAAGGCUACAGCCUGAGCUGCUUGGUGUGCUCCAACAGUGCUAGAUUCUGGCUCUAGUUGCAAAGAAAAGGUAUCCCAUGGAUUUUCUUGCUCCUUUAUUAUACAGUGUUGAAAGUAGGCAUCAAAAUUCUGCUGGAAAGUGCUUGAUCAUCUGACUCUUGCAUUGACUUGAAGUUGUAGGGUUUUCAACUUUCAAUAUUAAGCACUUUGGGGCAGCUGUGAUUUGGUGGUAUUAAAAAUAGAACUGAUCCUUAACCCAGGCCUUUACCGAUCUGGUAUGGGGAAUCUCAUUCGUUUUUAUACAUUUGAACAAAUGCAGUUUCUGAUCUUGUCAAUUCCAGUCUUGAACUCUACAAAUUAUAUUAACUCUUGGGUCAAACUUCAGCUGAUGUGGAAAGUGUGUAUAGUGUGGGUUGUG